AUCCUGAAAAUUCCUAUUUUUUCUAAUGUCGUGCAGUAAGUCAUGAUCCAAAGCAAGCUGAACAUGUUGAAUACUGCCAAAAACACAGAAAUGAGGAAGAUAGCAAAGCAAACAAAAUCUUAAAACCAGACAACAGUAUGACGAACACACUCUGAAAGGACAAAACAGUGUGUUGAAAAAGACAGAGACAUGCUACCUGAUAUGUAAUUGGAAACUUUAUCCAGAAAAACAUGGCUACCAAAGAAGAGGAUAAUUUUCUUCGCGUUGUUUACUUAAACUAUCGAGUAGGAACAACAGCGCUAAGGAGGUAUUUUGACAGUGUCCAUUCUAAUUUGCCAUCAGAUCUGUCAUCUCCACCAAAUAAGGCAAUACUUUCAAGCCUGUACAAACCCCCUAGAGGACAAAGGAGAGUAUUGUACCAGGAGCAAUGGGAUAUUUUAUACCCUCCUACAGGGGCACCUGUAGUUUCUUCUGCUAAUUUAGAUGUCACCUUAAUGAUUUGUCUUCUACGAAAUUUACCACCAAAGGUCCCUCAACCAACACCGAAUGGAUUUGAUGCCUUACCACAAUCUAGUGAUUUGUCUUAUGGUGCUCACAUAGCUCGUAUAAAAUAUUAUAAAAAUUUCAUUGUUUCGCAUUCAAAGGAUGGCAAACUAUCCGAUACUGAUUUCAACACAAUAUGGAUUGAUAUGGAUAUGGCCAUUAAUGGUUUAGGAAACCAACAAGAUAUUACAGAUGCGGCUGACGCCAAAACUAAAGUUUUAGACUUCAAAGCCAUUAUGGAACACCUGAAUCUUAGGAUGGGUAUUCAUCGAAAUCGCAAACGAUCAGUCGAGCACGCUAGCAAAAUAGCAAAACUAGAAACAACUGUUGAAGACAUGGGAAAAGUUGAGCAAUCAAGUGCAGAAAAUGCUAGCAAAAUAGCAAUACUUGAAACAACGGUUGAACAGAUUGAACAAGAGGUAAAGUCUGGAAAGAAAGACGUCGAUGUCAGUAGUCCAAAAGGUGCUUUUACGGAAUUUAAAGACAAACUCAUACAUUCAACAAUACUCGACAAAGAGGUUUUGGAUAACUUCAUUUCUAAAUGCAUUCUGUUACUGGAUGACAGAGAAGAAAUUAUUAACUGUAGAAACCAAUCAUCACGGAACAAAAAACUCUUACAAAUACUCAUACGUCGACCAUACAACACCUUCAGUGCACUUGUUGAAGCAAUGCAAGGAUCUGAUCAAAAGUGCCAUACUUUACUUCUUGCCAAAAUGGAGGCCAAGGUCGCAGACAAUGUUAUGACUUUACAAAAGGCACCACACAAAGAUGGCUUAGCAGAUAUAGAGACGCAGACCAUUAAAUUGAUUAAGUGGUAUAACACAAUAGUCCAUGAAAUUGACAUUGAUAAAACUGGAAUUCUAGACAAACUUCAAGAUGUUUUAAGUGAAGAAGAUUAUGCAGAAAUGACAUCAAUAAAUAUUUCUCCACAAGACAAAAAUAGAGGAAUUUUAGGAAAAAUCAUUAAAAACAAUACUUCCUCUGCCUCUAAAAUCUUCCUUGAAGUUCUCAAAGAAGAUAGCUGUUAUAACGAAUAUGCUACGAGAAUAGAGGAAACAGAUGUUACACAAUUCGACCUCGAGUUACUGAGUAUUGGAAAACAAUUGAGAGAAAGAAAGAUAAGAAAAAAAGAAAGAAAAAGAAGAAAAAAAAAUGGAUUGACUGAUUUAAUGAUUGAUAAAAUAGAAAAAUGGAAAAUGGAUGACAGUCUUUAUAUCGAAACCAGAGCGACUAACUAUGUUUUUACCUGUGUCAACAAAUACUCCUGUGUAAGCGUAACAGGACCAUCUGGAUGUGGAAAAACGGCUCUUGUUCGACAUGUUGCUCUCCAACUGGAACAAAAUGGAUACACAGUACUAACUGUGAUCGACGCAAAAGAUAUAACAGAUAAGUAUAAAUCUGGCAGAAAAACAUUGUACAUUGUUAAUGACAUGUGCGGAAAUUUUACUGCGAACCAAACUCGGUAAGAAGAAUGGAAGAAAUCAAUGAAUGACUUAAAAAGUAUUCUAGAAUCCGGCAAUUGUAAAUUGAUUUUAACUUGCAGGCUUCAAGUUUUUCAAGAUAAGGGGUUCGAAAAUUUAGAUAUCUUCAAAACAUGUGAAUGUAACUUAACCGCUGAAGAUUUAGCUUUAACAUUCAUUGAAAAAGAGACCAUGACAGCGCAGUAUUUUGGGGAACAUGCUUUACAAGGAUUAAAACACUUAGGAAAAUAUGAGUUUCUUCCACUUUUAUGUAAAUUUUAUUAUGUGGAGAAAAACAAUCCACAAUUUAAACUAGACAUGUUUUUAAAUGAUCCAUUUUCAUUUUACAAAUAUGAUUUGACUCAUAUGUUUAACGACUGUAAUGAAGGUAAGUACAAAUACUGUGCUCUGCUUUUGUUAGUUAUCUUCAACAACGAGUUAGAGGGGAAGGAGAUUACAGGUAAGGAUCCUAAAAUUCUGAAGAUAAUAGAAGACAUUAUAGAAGUAUGCGACAUAGAUGAACAUAUAACAGGUAGGAAACUAAAGACCCAGAUUGACAUACUGAUAGGAAUAUUUGUGACUUAUGAUGAAGGCAUCUACCAAACUAUCCAUGACAAGCUUUUUGAUUUCCUAGCUUUUUAUUUUGGAACGCAAGAAAAAUUUAUAGACAAAUUAAUUGAACAUGCCAAAGACAGAUUUAUUCGUGAGAGAUUUGUUGUUACCGAUGACAAUGAAAGUAUACAUUAUGCAAUACCUAUUUCUAACUUCAAAUUGCAAUCAAUGUACAUGAAAAGGGUGUUUGACGAUAUUGUUAUCUCUUGUAAUGUAAAUACAAACAUAGUAGAAAAUGAAAAUUUUAAGAAUGUAAAAUUCCGCACUAUGCUCCUUAAUUUCAUGAAACAUCUUUCCAAACAUGAAAUAACUAUCUUCAUGGAAAAAGCAAACAGUCAUUUUCUAAAUACCAUGUUUGUCAUGAAAAAUAACGCUAUCAAAGACAAGGUUAGAGAUAUUUCUCAGGAAUAUGAAUGUUUUGGUAUUAUUUUACCUGGUGAUAUGUUACAACAAUACAUUGAGAAAUGGGUUGGUGCUUUGAUAAGGUCUAAUUCCACAGAGGAGUUUUUGGAGGAGAAUAGGCUUAUGAAAUGUGUUACAUUUCGUUCUGCCUUGAAAUUCUACAUGAGACAAAUAAACGUCGCUUCCACCAUUAGGACAGGAAGUACAGAUUUCCUCAAUACAAUGUUUGUCAUAACAGAAGAUGAUACGAACGAAUUUGCUCAGAAACACAAUGAACGGUUCGGUAUUGUUAUUCCUAAGAAUUUGUUACAGCAUUACAUUGACAGGUGGUUUGAUGAUUUGACAAAACACGUUGGGAGCAACAUAUUAAGGAAUAAUAGUGGAAUGGAUUACUUGCAUUCAGGUACGCAUAAAACAUUGAUGCUUGAUGAAUUCAUGGACAAAAAUAGGCCAUUGACGCAUCUUUCAUUUCGUAUUGCCCUUCGUACCUACAUGAGACAGCUAACCACAGACAAAAUUGCUUCACUCAUUCAUACAGCAGAGGAUGC